AUGGACUCAAAAAUCAAUCCUAAUCAAUCUUCUCCCCAACCUAAUGUUUUGAUCCCAGCAGUGGUGAUCGGUAAAAAAACAAAUAGAAUCUUAUGCUAUUCUCCUCACAUCCGACAAAGUGGAGGAGUUUUGGAAUUGAUUUCAACAUCCGCAAUAGUGGAAGGAAAUUGGAUUCUGGUAAAAUUCGGUGAAGAGAAGAAAGUGGAGAGAGUGGAAAAACUCAACGAGAACGAAUACAAUCGCUGUCGCAUCCCACCAACCAGCGUAAAUGAAGGACGCGUUAGUAUCACUGUUCCAUUCAUCAGAUAUCCAGAAUUUGAUGAAAACAAGAAGACGGAGGAUGGUUCCCUCGGAACAUGCAGAAAAUUCUACAUGAUGAAUACCGGUGAAGGAUAUGUUGGAGAUCUUUCGAAUGUCAAUCUUCCUGACGACAAAGCCGUUCGAAUUGGCUUGUUCCAGUCAAGAAGAGACUACCAUUUUGAAAGUAACCCGUACAUGUGGGAACUCAAAGAAGUUAUGAGGGAAUUUCCCACACUUGAAGAGAUACGUCAAAUGAACGCAGCUGUCAUUCGACUAAGAAAACGAAGCGAAAAAUGCGGAGCAAGAGACUCUCAAAAAUGUUUUCUGGAAAACCUUUCGACCAUGACAAAUCCAGAGCAGAUUGAAGAAAGGAAGGAGAACAAUGAAGCUUCUCCACCAAAUCAUCGCUUCAAAUUCGGACGUCAACCAGUCGAACAAACCUCAGCUUCGAUACACGCAAGUUCAAGCUCUCGUCCAACUUUCCGGUUCGGAGUCCAGCCUCCACCCGCUCGUCUAUCAAAAACCACGCAAAACAUCUCACAUCUGUCAGCUGAAAAAAAGAAUACCAGCGUCCCGCUUUCUCCCCUCGUUGCUUCUACUGGAGUUAUCUCAAAACCCGUUAUUCUCCUAAGACCACUCAGAGCUGCGGGUUCCUCGAUGAGCACUCAUAACCCAUCAAAGAGUGAACAGAGAAGAAACCAACCAAGAAGAAGAGGACCACCCAAGGCACAACCGUCAAGUUACACAGUCCCGCCAGUUCAAAGACCACUCAGGAAGCACCCCACGAUCAAUCCGACGUCAUCAACCGCUCCUACACCAUCCGCUCCCAAACUUCUUCAACCCUGA